GCAAAUCCGCCGAAGAAGUGUGAGAUUCAAAAGUCUCCUGGCCCCGCCUCUUCCACAGUAUAAAUACAUCCCGACCAGCCGCACUUUUCUAUUCUUCAUUCCUCAUCCGACUCUUGAGCAUCGGUGCGCAGGAAAAAGACUUUUCAAAAUGCGUGAGUGUAUUUCAAUGCAUGUGGGCCAAGCCGGCGCCCAGAUGGGUAACGCAUGUUGGGAGCUGUACUGUCUGGAGCACGGCAUCCAGCCAGACGGUCAGAUGCCCAGUGACAAGACCAUCGGAGGUGGCGACGACUCCUUCAACACCUUCUUCAGUGAGACGGGUGCAGGGAAGCACGUCCCCAGGGCGGUGUUUGUGGACCUGGAGCCCACUGUUAUCGACGAGGUCCGUACAGGGACUUACCGCCAGCUCUUCCACCCUGAGCAGCUGAUCACUGGCAAGGAGGAUGCUGCCAACAACUACGCUCGUGGUCACUACACUGUGGGCAAGGAGAUCAUCGACCUGGUUCUGGACAGGACUCGUAAACUGGCUGACCAGUGCACUGGCCUCCAAGGGUUUCUUAUCUUCCACUCCUUCGGAGGAGGAACCGGUUCCGGGUUCACCUCUCUGCUGAUGGAGCGUCUCUCGGUUGACUAUGGGAAGAAGUCAAAGCUGGAGUUUGCCGUGUACCCCGCACCUCAGGUGUCCACUGCUGUGGUGGAGCCCUACAACUCCAUCCUCACCACCCACACCACCCUGGAGCACUCUGACUGUGCCUUCAUGGUGGACAAUGAGGCCAUCUACGACAUCUGCCGCAGAAACCUGGACAUUGAGCGUCCCACCUACACCAACCUCAACAGGCUGAUCGGCCAGAUCGUGUCCUCCAUCACGGCCUCUCUGAGAUUUGAUGGAGCCUUAAAUGUUGACCUGACAGAGUUCCAGACCAACUUGGUGCCCUACCCUCGAAUCCACUUCCCCCUGGCCACCUAUGCCCCCGUGAUCUCCGCAGAGAAGGCCUAUCAUGAGCAGCUGUCGGUGGCUGAUAUUACCAACGCCUGCUUUGAACCGGCCAAUCAGAUGGUCAAAUGUGACCCGCGUCACGGCAAGUACAUGGCUUGUUGCCUCCUGUACCGUGGCGAUGUGGUGCCCAAAGAUGUAAACUCCGCCAUCGCAACCAUCAAAACCAAGCGCACCAUCCAGUUUGUGGACUGGUGCCCGACUGGGUUCAAGGUGGGCAUCAACUACCAGCCUCCGACUGUGGUUCCAGGAGGAGACCUGGCCAAGGUGCAGAGGGCAGUGUGCAUGCUGAGCAACACCACUGCCAUCGCCGAGGCCUGGGCUCGCCUGGACCACAAGUUCGACCUGAUGUACGCCAAGAGGGCCUUCGUCCACUGGUACGUUGGUGAGGGAAUGGAGGAGGGGGAGUUCUCUGAGGCCCGUGAGGACAUGGCCGCCCUGGAGAAGGACUAUGAAGAGGUUGGCACCGACAGCAUCGGAGACGAUGGAGAGGAAGAGGGGGAGGAGUAUUAGACAUGUUUGGCUGUGUUGACAAUAAAACAGUUUGAUGCGUGACUUGUUUCACUUUGAAUUUGUAU